UAUCCGAUUGUCCGAUAUCCGCUGGCCUGGUGGGUCGUCUACUUCCACCCUUUCAACGGCACAUGAACGGCAGAAUGAUGACUUUUGCUGUGCUGAUUCUCAUCUUGACAUCUGUAGCUGCUUUUGAAAAGCUAUUCCCAAGAGAGGCCAGACCACCGGCGACGCUGGACAUGGCAGAGAAGUCUGCUGAUGAUCAGUACCAGGGCUGCACAAAGGAAACGUCAUGCUUGGUAGAGAAUACAUAUCUAAAAAAAGAACUUAGUUCAAAGAACUUCAGCCCAGCUUGGAGUGAAGGCCAGCAGUGGUGUUCCAGUAAUAAGAAAGGAGAUACUUUGGGAGGAAUUAAUUACUGCACUGCCUUGUACGUGUAUACUCUACUUGACCCACCGAUAUAUAAAGCUUUCAAUACUGACACUCGUGGUGGGAAAACUCAAUACACAGGACAGACAUAUCAGUGGUAUUCUCUUCACUUUUUGUUGACACGUGCAGUACAAGUUCUGAAGGAUAGAGAGAGGGAAAAUGGAACUGAAUGCAGAUCAACAUAUCGUGGUAAAGGGUUUGAAUUUGAUAAAAAUGUUCUGAACAAAGAGGUUCGAUUUGGCUCUUUCUCGUCCUCCUCCAUUACACGUAAGGUGGCAGAGGACUUUGGAAAGGUGACGUGUUUUGAAAUCAACACAUGCCAUGGUGCCAAUAUCACAGAAUAUUCCGCCAACCCAGCUCAGGAAGAAGUGCUUAUUCCUCCAUAUGAGACCUUUAAAGUCUCUCAAGUCUCAGAGAGAGGAAACAAUCCUGAUCUAUGGUGCAACACUGUGUAUAAGUUGGAGAGUUCUGGGAUCAAAAGUGACCUGAACUGUGCAUUAGCACCAAAAAAGGCAUGAUUUAUCAGAAAUACAGAGACAUUUAUGUGGCCAAUCAUAACUUUUAUUCAUAGCCUUUUCUUACACUGAAAAACAAUCUGUAAAAGUUCAAAAUAUGAAAAGCCUUAUCAUUUCACCUUUCUGAUCAUCUUUAACAUGAAGUGUGGCAUCAUCUUACAUGCUAGUGCAGUCUCACUUAGACCUGUCAAUCUGUCUGUCCUUUGCUCUGGGAGAUGGUAACACUUAG